ACAUAUUCGAGAGAAAUAUGUAGAUAUGAUUUGUACUUUGUUAUUGUGAGGAGUGUGAUUGCGUUUAUCGAAAUCCUACCAUGAAGCAAAAAAGAAUUGAAUUGGUCCAUUAAGAAGCAGCAGCAGUAGCAACAUAAACCAAGAGGAAGAGCUCAGAGAGAUUCGCGUGUGUGAAAAAGGGACGUCUCUCGCCAACGUUUGACCGUGUGGUUGUGAUCGCCAAGUGUAUAUUAUUAAAGAUUUCAUUGCGUUUUUCAUUCACGCAAAAUAAGAAAUGUGAGAACUAUAAAAUACAUAGGAAGCAGCAGUGAAAAUUGUGGUGACCUCCGUGAAAGCUCUGAAGGAAUUCCCGAUAAUAGCCAGUGGAUUACAUCGUUGUUUGAUAGUUUUCCGAAUUUGCAAUUAAUGUUAUAUUUAUUGUUGUGCGGAGGUGUGAUCCCAAGAUGUCGAAGAGUCACCUAACUUAAGAAAAUAAUUCAGCUGCUCCGACGAUUACAUAAUAUAUUGUGAAUGUAUAAAUUAAAUGCAUUUUUGUACAAACCACAAUGCAAAGCUUGGAACCUGCAUCAUGUCAAGAAGCUGAUUACAUGUUGAAUGAUGCUUAUUGUAAACUGAGGAAGUCUCCCUCGCGCCAACAGACGUUAUUGAUAGAUCCACCGCCACAGUAUCCAAGUCUACCUAGUCCAAUUCUAAAUGAAAGUACUCCACUGUUUAACACUAGCAGCAGCAGCAGCGCGACUAGUCCACUUCCUUCGUCAUCCUCGUACGCACUGUUAAGUGGGUUACAUUCGACGUCACCGCCAGCGACACUUCUGGCAACUCCCUCGUCAUCUUCCUCCUGUCUCGGCUCUGUGAGCAAUUCAUCCAGCCAGCUGCUCAGAUCAUCCUCCGGCAGCAGCCCAGGGAAUAGCAUAGCGCUUACUAAUCAUCACCAUCACUUCAUCGACAAGAGGGGAGCAACCGAUUCCGGCUACAUCGGUAGCUCCCCGUCGAAAAAAUCGAAGCUAUCUUCCUCGGCCGGAUCUCUAACUCUAUCAGCAUCAGGGUCGUCGUCAAUCAAUAGUUCUUCCACGGGCGCUAGUAGUUUUGCCUUCAGCAGUAGCAACCACCAUACUCCACACUACCACCAAUAUCAUGGAAGCAGCAGCAGUGGCCAUCCCUAUGGUUCCACUUCGUCUUCGCCGGUCACUUCGGGUACUGCUGGUGGCUCAACGACGACGACGUCGAGCGGAAAUGCUAACUCGACCGGCAAAUUCAAUAUUCAUGACAAACUUAGGGAAUUGUAUCUUGAACUACUAGCAGAGGACAAUACUGAAACUAAUAGAUUUAAUUUAAGAAAUUCUUCGUUUUUGUUGGAAAUGCUGGUGUUGAGAGAGAAUCUCAACACCUUAAUCCUAAAUCUUUACCCUGGCAAUAAAGGAUAUUCGUUAGCAUUUAGAAGAGGAACUGAUCAAUCCACUGAUGGAAGUCGGAAUAUCUCAAAAAGUGGUGCUAUUUCAUCGGAUCGGGCUGGCUCGCCGUCUUUGGGUACCCCCACGUUGGAUAUUAACGCGGAACAGUUGCAGGAGACCAUUCGGUGGCCGUACGAAGAGGAGGAAUUGCUCGAAUGCGUAGACCGCGAAGAGCUGCCCCUGGUGUUGGUGGACAUGUUCGAGAACAAGUGUCCUGGCUUGUUCUACUCGGGAUGCGUCAUAGCAGAAAUUCGGGACUACAGACAAUCGUUCCCAAUUUUCACCUGCGAUACAUACCAUGUGCUGCUAAAGCCAACGAAUCAGACCUUGAUCGCCGAUGUGAAUCUACUAACAUCGAAGGGUGAUUGGAGCGCGGAAGAUAAACUCGCCCUCGAGAGCCAGCUCGUAUUGGCAACGGCUGAACCACUUUGUCUCGAUCCGAACCCUAAUGUGGGCAUCAUGGCGAUAAACCAACAGCAUAGACGACACAUUUUUAAUACUAUGCCGAUUCGGCGUCAAGCGAAAAAAUUCUCACAAGUCGCAAUAAAUCGCAAGAGGAAAACAGACCAGUUUACACAUAACUUCGGGCUUGAGCUGAGUGAUUUCAUGACAAAGUACCGGGCGAAACCCCGUCAGUAUACUGCCACCAAACGAAGUGUGGUUAGUUUCACACUGCCGAAAAAGCCAUCAGACGUUAGUCCGACGGCGAGAGUGCCCAGCCUAGAUCUACCAGAACUCUCAGCGCCGUCCGAAGUUAAUGUGGAAAAAUUUGCACGAAAGUACGAUGGACCAAAGGAGAGCAGAGAUUGCAUUCCACAGCUUAUUGAGGAAUACAUUCUGGAGACAGACCGCGUUGUUAAUCGUGGAGACACGAAAACGUACCACAUAAAGUUGUCUAUCUUCCAAAGACCAUCGAAUUCCGAGUAUUUGGGAGAACUUUAUGUCGACAGGGACUACCGUGAGAAUGAACGAAAUGGUGAAGCUUGUCAGUUUACGCUGGGGACACGGGCACAUGCUCAUCGCUAUAUACAGCAGUUCACCGAAAUAUUUACAGAGGAAGGAAGAAAAUCGGUAAAAAUUACCCAUUUAGUACCGGGACAAGUUCCAAAGGUGCUACACACAGCUGGUAUGCGCGAGCAAAGUGUACAGCAACAGCAACAACAGCAGCAGCAACAAUUGCAACAGCAACAAGCAAUUCAACAGCAGCAGGCGCACAUUCAGCAACAAAUAUCACAGAUUCAGCAACAACUUCAGUCGCAUCCUACGCAUGCUUUAAUCACGCGACUGCAGGCCACAAAUCCAACCCUAGUCUCACAGAUUGCUACAACCGGUGGCAACAUAACUAUCAAUACUACUAAUUCUAGCACGCUUCCUGGGAAUCAGCGACAACCACAAGUGCAGCAGCAGCAACAGCAGCAACAACAGCAAAUAAUAACUGCUGGGCCGUCCACAAACAUCAUUACCAUUGGAGGAACAGCGAUCCAGCAGCACCAGCAACAGCAAAUUCACAUUCAACAACCGCAGCAACAACUUCCAAACCAACACCAACAACAGUUGCUCACUACGACAACUGGUCAUCAGCAAAUUUUCACCGCUUCUGAUCCUUCCACAAGUACCAGCCAACAGUCAACGAAUGCUACUAUCACCUUGCAGCAGCAACCCCAACAACAACAACCACAAACACAACAGGUUCAGCAGAUACAACAUCAACCACAUCAACAAACGCUCAGUUUAAGCAAUGGAUCGCUAUUGCUGGUCCAACCCACGGGACAGAUCUCAAACAUAACGGCUGCACCAACAUCUACCGGUAGUCAUCAGGCUGGUUCAAGCGCAAGUGGUAACCAAUCCGUCGGAACGCAAAACAUUCAAGGCUUCACCUUUACCUCAGCUCCACAAACUGCCACCAUAAUCAAUCAGACAGGUUCUGCAGGUGCAACAACUACCGGAAAUCGUGUCCCACUCCUGGUCAGACUAGAGAACAAAGCAACGCAACAAAUCCAACAACAACAACAACAGCAAACGCAGCAUGUCCAGUCCCAACAACAAAAUCAAAGCACUACCACAACCAUUCAUACGAACAAUCCAGAAAUUAAUGCCAUAGCUCUUAGCAUCAUGAACUCAGCCAAUCAAUUUCGCCAACAACAGCAGCAGCAACAACAACAACAACAACAACAACAACAACAACAACAACAGCAGCAACAACAACAGCAACAGCAACAACAACAACAUCAAACUGUCAAAUCCAACUCAAACGCUGCUAUUAUUAGCUUAUUGAAUAGUGCCCCAGCUGCUAUGACCAACACAUCCGUGCUAAGCAGUAGCCUAACAAUCCCGGUGGGGAAAGCGACGACAGAAUUACACCAACAGCAACAGCAAGCAACCCAACCACAGCAGCACACAAUCCAUCAUCACCAAGGUACGGGAACUACCACAAUAUCUAGCAGUGCUGCGGCAGCACUUUUCAACAGCGUUGGGGGACGCAAAAUCCAAAUACAGCAGCAGGCGGGCGGCCAGAGGAUAUUGAAUCAUGCAAAUCUGAUUGCUGUCAGCAGUAACCCCAACAAUGGAGGUUUAGGGCAAACCCAGUUGAUCAAUAUUCAACAAGCCACAGCUAACGCGGGUGAUCAGCAACAGGUUCAACAGCAACAGCAGCAAACAGGCCAGACACAGCCUUCUAAUAUACGAGUGACGAUGUCUGCAUUGGCUUCUCAGUUGGCAUCACCGCCGGCAAUUCUCACCACUUCUAAUCUUCCGCAGAGCUUUAACGUUGUCGCUGCCUCUAAUAAUCCCACGGUUGCUGGUCAAAACUAUACCAAUCUAAGCAACAACACAACCAGUAAGCUGAUAAUCAAUAGUACAAAUCAACGAAUACUGAACAUCAACACGAAUAGCGCUAAUAGUUCGUCAGCUGCAGCGGCCGUUGCUGCCGCUCUAGGUGGUGCAAUUCGACGAGUAAGUCAGGCUACAGGCGACGGAAGCGGAGGUAUUCAAUUGCAGAUACAGGGUGCAGAUGGUAUCCGACGGAUCGCAACGGGUACCGGAAACGAUAUUCAACUCCAGAUCCAAGGUAUAUCGUCACCCGGGAGUGAUCAUUCGAAUGCUUCCUCUUCGACAUCUGUUUCUGCUGUGAAUCCUGCCGGUGGGAUUGGUGGACAUAACGGUGGGGCUUCUGCAACCGGGACUGCUGGGAAUAUAAUUUUCAACAAUAUGUCCGGGUUAAGCGCUUUGCUUGCGACCUCUACGUCAUCAUCUCCUCAGCAAGUUGCGACCGCGGCCGUCGUGGACAGUUCUACGCACAGCGUAACAAACACCUCCAAUCUAGGCAGUAACAGUAGUAGUAGCAAUCCUAGUAAUAAUAAUUCAGCAUUAAUUGAAAGACUGACUUCAUCUAGUAAUAUAAAUCUAACAAAUAACCUUCCAACUGCGAGUCCCGGUUUGCAGUUUACGAUACCAUCGCCCAAAACUCCCCAACAACAGCAAUCUCAGCAGACGCAUUUGCAAAUACAAUCCCCGUCGUCGUCAAUAUCGCCACUCUCUAGUCCUCCGCCGACGGUGACGCUUCAUCCGCAACAGCAAAUACAGCAUCAACAGCAGCAGCAGCAGCAGCAACAACAACAUCACCACCAGCACCAACAAACAACAGUAAAUCUGCAGGGAUUGAACUUUGCAAGCCUGCAUGGGGCCAUGGCUUCAAUCCCGGGGCUGCAAAAUGUUCAGGUUCAAAUCCCUGGUCUGGCGCAGCCUAUUUCCCUGUCACUCUCUUCUACUCCGUCCGCCAGCUCGGCUGCAGCCAAUGUACUGAAUACGUCGAACAGUCACGCAGCUGGUGCAAACAACACUGGCCUUCACCAGACCACCAGUCUGUUAGUGUCUGUUCCGGUGUCUAACUCUGGCAACGCUGGUAACCAACUGAAUGCUCUGAACACAAAUGCAAACAGCACUAGUAGCGUGGGUUCAACCGGAAGCACGAAUGUCGGUGGAGCCACGGCCAAUAUUAUUGGCGCCAACUCACAAACCACUACACAAACCGUGGUUCUCGCCAAUCCACAAACCAGUGUCGGUGGGUCUAGUCUGCUCUCUCUACCAAUUGCUCAAAUUGUAACCUCUGGAAUGAAAGGACUAGGACAGCAAAGUAUUCGUUCUGGAACGCCUCUUACUGUAAACACGGGUCAACCUGGUCAGCAAAUACAGCUGCUCAACAUAAGCCAGCGACCACGCAGUGGUCAGCUUCCAGUGGUAACAUCGGUCACUACGCCUAUUACUGCUAAACAAAUUGCAGCUCGCGUCGCCCAGCACCGAGGAAUGGCUGGUUCAACGCUGAAAAUCGCAACACCAAUAUCAGCUUCACAUCACGUUCAACAGUUGGGUCAGACUCUCAAUGUGACCACCAAUACUGGUUCUAAUCAAUUGGUGAUGACAACCACACAGCUUCAGUUGAAACUGCAACAGCAACAGCAGCAGCAUCAGCAACAACAGCAACAGACUCAGCAGAUUAUUGCUACUGCAAACCAACCCGCCGCCACACAGAUUCACAUUCAACAGCAUCAGCAACUUGCACAAGCUCAGCAACAAUUACAGCAAGUACAAGUUCAACAACAACAGCAACAGCAGCAGCAGACGCAGCAAAUCAGUAUCAUCAACAACAGUGUCGUAUCGCCACUUCCUCUGCCAACCAUUACUCCCCCGCCAUCCACACAAUCCACGCAUCAUCAGAAUGUUGUUAAUGCGUUGGCAGGUAAACACCGACGAAGAUCGGCAGCAGAUAUCAAUAAGUAAGCUUAUCGUAUGUUCCCCUUAACGUAUCCGUAUCCCUUCCGCAAUAUUGCAGCCAUGCACACCUACGCAAACACACACACACACACAUACAAUUUGAGAAUCCACUCACAGCUCUUUUAGUCACUUUAGAUGUACAUAAAUAAAAAUUAGCACCAUCUCUCUUCGUUGAGAUGUCGAGGUUAUCCUGCGUGCAGCAGUGUUUAAUUUGUCGAAAAAAAAGGAUUUUUUAAAUUGAAUUCUCAAACAAAAGGAACGUAGCGUGGUUUCAGAAGCCGGUUCUCAGUUUGACCGCUAUGAGAUAAUAAUGGAAGGAUAAACACACAAAUCGUCAUCUCGAAUACGGUGUUGCAUGAAAAUUUUCUACCAAGUGCAACCAUUGUGUUCAAUGUACCUUGAGAUUAAUUGGAAAACAGCUAUUUGGGAUGAUGAUUGAAAUGCGUAAAUGGUCACGUUAUUGGUUCUUGUAGGAAAAGGUGCGAAAAGAUGCGUGACUGAGGCGGUGUAGUAUUUUCGUUGCUCGUGUUUAGUUAGGAUAGAUAAUUCAAAAUUUUAUUUGGUUAGAAAUAUGCAAUGGAAUAAGAGGUUAAAUUUUAUCAACUGGCAUGAUAUAGUCUAAAGAAUCAGGAAUGAUGGUUACCCAAAAUUUAGUAAUUUCUCUAAACUCGACUUUGUACAAUUGGAAAAUAGACAGCGAUUGUGUUAGCGGUAAAUUGUACAAUAAUUUGCGAUGAAAGUACAAUCUAUCUGUUACGAAGGUCAAAGGCUCGUUUAUUAUGUUUCGGUGGAAUUCUCUCCACCCGAAUGAGUGAAGCUGAUUUUCGUUUACCGCCACGAAUAGGCUAUUUCUGAACUGAACUAUCUCUUUUUUAGUCUGUCUUUCCGAUAUUUAUAUUUUGUGUAAAUAUUAAGUUUGGCUUAAGUGUAUAAAUAUUGGAUGUUAUUAAUAAAAUUAUUUUUUGAAUAUAAACUGUUUAUUUGUAUAUCCUCGAUUUCACCUUUUUGUAUGGCAGCGGCUCUCAUAGAACCUCAUCAGCGACAGGCUGAAAAGCUGCUCGAUCAGUGCCAAUAAAAACAGGAUUGGGUUCCCCGGCCAGGUUAAAGUCCUAAUGUUAAUUAAGACCUGAUCUAAAAAUAUUGAAUUUUAUUCCGAAUUAUAGCACUGAUACUAUUCUGCCCUUCUCUCACUGAUAUUUGAUCCUAUUUGAUCCUAUUUUUGUUUUAAAUUUUUGACGAAUAAUUUAGUGAAACGAAAAAUACUGCAUCCGCCUGUUUUGGAACACGAAGAACACAUUUUCGAAGCAUAUAUCGUGCACAAUAUUAUCCACCAAGGUGUUUAUUCUGUUGAAAAUUAGAGAAAGAGAGCAAAAAAAUGUCGGGAUAGAUUGCAGAGAGACUAGGACAGCAAGGAUGGUGUGCAAAUGUAUGUUGUGAUAAAAAGUAGAAUGCUUGUAAAUAGUAGGCACUGCAAAAUGCAACAGAUGAAAAUGUCAUUGUUGGGUAACUAAGACGAGAUAACAGAUGCAGCACAGGAAUUAAGUCAUCGCAAAUCGAAACACGGAGAUGUGUUUGUUGAUAUUAGGAAACAGAAAGUAGCACUAAGCGGCGAUAUAUUUACGUAGUUUCAUGGCUGAAGCAAAAAGCAUCCGAUUGUCAGUGUAGAGUUAAAAUCGAAUUGUGCUGAUGAAAAGUCGUUAGUGUAAUAAUAUGAGUGAAAAACAAUGGUGGAAAUAACGCUACUAAAAUUGUUUGUUAAUAGUUUUUAAUUUAUGAAAAAGUGUGGUUCUGCUGAUAUGAUAAUGUAAAGAAAAUCGAAUGAAUGAGAAUCACAAGGCGUAAGAAAUGUGAGAUUUUUGUUUUAGCUAUGGUAUCGUUCGUGUGUAUAAUACUCAUUACUAAGUAAUGAGAGGUGGAAGAAUUGAAUCAGCAUUGCUUCUCACAAAACGAUCUUCAGAAAAGCAUCUAAUGUACCAUCUAAUCCCCUAAGAAUAUAUAGUGAGCGUAUGGGAUAAGCUUUCCUAGUUCAUGGAUGUAAUCACGGAUAAUCCUCUGAUAAUUAACAGAUUCUUAGUUAGCGAAACAAGGAGCUCUCAGUUUAGCUCCAAGUGGAAUUGUAUUCUGUACAGUAAAGUAAUUAUUUCUUGUUUACAAGUUUGAAAUCGAGACAGAAAGCUGAAAUUACAUUAUUUGCAAGUUUCAACACAUUGCGUUUCUUUCUUCUGUAAAUAACAGGUUUUGUUCGCUUAAUUUUAAUUUUUUGAUACAUUAGAAACAUAGCAAUAGGAGAUUUGAGUAAAUCUUUUUUACGCUUUAUUUAGGAGAAUUCUUCAUUUUUCAAUA